AUGUCCCUCUUCGUCAACUUUGACACCAUCCGACUGCUGUUUGGUGCUGGUGAGGGCGCGCAGCGCACAUUCCUCCAGAAGGGCCAGAGCUUCAAGUACAUGGAGGCUGUCUUUCUCCCAGACGGUGCCACCGGACGUGGUGGCCUGCCAGGUAUCGUGAUGAGCACUGCCGACUCCGGCAUGAAGAGCCUCAAGAUUAUUGGCCCUCCCGACACUGCUCAUUUCAUGUCAACAUUCCGCUCAUGCGUGAUGCGCACCGACUCCCGGAUCGCGGUGACGUCCCACCCCCGUGACGCUCGUGACGAAGCCCGCCUCUUGUUGGAUGCCAAACAGCUCAAGGUCCACGGCGUUAUGCUGCGACCUGAUGAGGCAGCGUCGCCACCAGUUGCAUCGUCCAUGGGCCCCGCCGGAAUGGAUCCUGCAACGCUCGAGCAAUGGAACAACGCCAUCCUCGAGGACAUGUUCCCCGCCCAGACUCGUCCUACCAUGUCCCUUCCCGGUCUUCAGCGUCCUGGUUAUCCAGACGAUCGCUACCCUCUCCCUCUCCCGUCCGACGCCGAUGUCAAGACUGACAUGGUGUACAUUUGCCAGGCCGCCACCAUCCGCGGCAAGUUUGACAACGAAAAGGCAAAGGCACUUAACGUCCCCGGUGGUUCUAUUCGUUCCAAACUUACCAGUGGCCAGGCCAUUGAGUUUGACGACCCAACUGCUGAAGGUGGAAAGCGUACAGUCCGACCCGAAGAUAUUCUGGUUGGUGGCGGCCCAGGUGGCAUCUGUGUUAUCGUGCACUGCCGAGAGCACAACUUUGAGCGCCUUGUUUCGUCCUCCGCAUUUGCGCCGUACCAGACUGGUGUGCAGCAGGAGCACACUGUCCAAAGGAUGGUGCACCGUGUGGAUCGCUCUGUUUGGCAGGACGAGCGGUACGCCAAGUGGAUGGAGUCGUUUGGCGAAACAACCGACCACAUCUACGCCGACCCCACUGGCAACAACGAGACUCUCUUCAGCUCGUCUGCAUGGAUGCAGCUCAAGCUCAAUUCGCUCAACCCCGACUUUUUUCCGCCGACACACCACGUAGUGGACCCACUUCCCGAGGCCCUUAAGAGGCCAAACGUCACUGUCCUGAGCCACGACCUCCAGAUGCCCAUGCACCAAUAUGGCGAGGCAGCAAUGCGCCCCAGGUCUGGUUCGGACCCAGAAUUCCCUUCCACGUCCGAGGAGCUUGCAGCCGCCAUUGAAGACCUCCCCAACCGCUAUCCCGAGUUUGGUGCAGUGGCCCAGAAGGCGAGGGACGCGGUUGAGCGGGAGGCCGAGAGACGUAAGAAUGUCCCACUCAUGCCCGGCGACGACAUUGUUGUCACUACGCUCGGCACAGGUAGUGCCCUCCCUUCAAAAUACCGCAAUGUGUCGUCGACACACUUUGACGUCCCCAACUGGGGUGGAGUGCUGCUCGACUGUGGCGAGGGUUCACUCGGCCAGCUCCGUCGUCGCUUCGGUCCGGAUGGACUGAAGCAACUGUACAAGGAUCUGCGUAUCAUCUUUAUCAGCCACAUGCACGCCGACCACCACCUCGGCUUGGCGAACAUUCUCCGGGACCGAUUCCAGAAUGGCAUUCACAGCACCCUUUACCUCAUUUCCCCUCACCCCAUCCCUCUUAUGCUCAUGGAGAAUGGCGCAUGGCAAGAGGAUGUCCCAACGGAGGCUCUCGAGAACCUCAAGUGGGUCAAUGCUGCUCGUUUGAAGAAGCCGUGGGCCGCGGAGGACUUGCAAGCCACUGAAAAGGCGCCCAAGGAACCGACUGAGGAUUUGGGCAACCGCCAGUGGGCCGUUGGUGAUAGCGGCAGGAUCUUGUCCAGUGGUAUUUCGUCAUUGUCCAAGCUUCUGGCAGACGCCACCCCCGCCGCACCUCAGCGUCUUAUGGCCCUCGACGACUUUGACCCGAGGGUCUCGGAGAACCAGCCUGAAGCAAGCGCGUCGGCCACGACGACGACGGCGUCCUCUUCUGACAAUGCCACUACCGUCACUCCUCCUGAUGUAGCGGAGAUGGCAACAGAGCCUGCCACGGACAUGACUGAGCUCGAGGUCGCCGCUGGAAAGCGCAAGUGGCCGUUCCGCAAUAUUUUCCGCUUCGCACCGACGGUCAUGUCCCGCAGCACCGCUACCAUCACCGAGAUGAUGACCGACCUCGGACUUGCCGAGAUCGUCACCCCAAUCGUCCCCCACCGCGGCGUGUGUCACGGUCUUGUCAUUGAGCACAAGGACGGAUGGAAGGUGGUCUACUCUGGAGACACCCAGCCGAGUAGCGCACUCGUUGGCUACGGCAAGGGAGCCACCAUUCUCAUUCACGAGGCGACCAUGGAGGACGACAAGGCCGACAUGGCCAAGGCCAAGGCCCACAGCACGUUUGGCCAAGCCAUCGCCGUCGCCCAGCGCAUGAACGCAAAGUAUCUCGUCCUCAACCACUUCUCCCAGCGCUACCCCAAGUUGCCGCCCAGCCUGUCUGCCUUCCGCCACCGCUCGCCCUCGCCCAACAGCGUGGGCCAGCAGUCAGGAUCCGGUGCUCAGCCGGUUGUCGCCAUCACCUUCGACCUCCAGUCCAUGCGUGCGGCCGACAUGUGGAAGAUGGCCUAUUACUUUGACGCCAUUGAGAUCGUCUUUGAUGAUGUCAACAGGGAGGACCCGGACAAGGUGGACCCGGAGUCUUCUUCCCGUGCUGAAGGCAAGCGGGGUGCCAAGGGUGACAAGAAGGCCAAGGCUCCCCGCGCCUCCAAGCCCAACGGCGGCAACGGCGACGCCAAGUACGCUGCGCCUGCGCCAAAGAAGUGGGGUAUGAAGGCCAAGUCGUCCGGCGACGUUGCCGAGCCGUUGAUGUCCGAGCAGCGGUACCUCCCUACUGCCCCCGCCCCCACCUCCGCCGUCAGUGCCGAGGAGGCCGCCGCCAACAACAACACCGAUGGUGUGGCUGGUACGAAGCGCGAGUCGAGCACCCCCGAGGCUGAGCCCGCCGCGAAGCGCGGCCGCGGCCGCCCCAGGAAGAACAGUGUGGUCCAGGAGACGACGGUGGAUGCCGAGCCUGUUGUGAAGCGCGGCCGUGGUCGUCCCAGGAAGAACAGUGUGGUGGUGGAGGAGGAUGCGACCAUGGAGGCUUGA